UAGCGAUCGCCUAGGGUUUGUAGGGCUUUUUAGGGUUUACGAGCAGCAGCGAUGGCGGAGGUCGCCCUCCCAUACCGCUACGAUCCACAGCCGCCGUCGCCGCAGCAGCAGCCACCCAGGCCUGGCUUGAACAUCGACUGGUCGCAGGUGAAUCUCGAUGAGAUUCAGCUCCCUCCGGGCGAGGAUUUUGGAAUCAAGAGUGAGGAUGAAGAGGAGGAGGAGGAGAUUGUGGAGAGCGAGUCUGGUUUCGGGAGCAUAAUUGUCGUAGACAAUCUCCCGGUGGUGGAGCCUGCCAAGUAUGAGAAGCUCGAAAACGUGGUACGCAAGAUUUUUGGACAAAUGGGAAUCAUUAGAACGCUCUUCAUGCCGAAAGACAAAGCGACUGGCAAAACGGCGGGCUUUGCUUUCAUCGAGUACUCCAGUCCCCAGGUAUGCAAGAUGUGGUGGAGUUUUUCUAUCGUUUCUCAAUCUACUUUGCAGGAGGCCCAUACCGCUCGGGAACAAGCCGAUGGGUAUAAGCUCGACAAGUCUCACGUCUUUAUGGUGAGGAUGUUCGAUGACAUUGACAAGUACAUGAAAGUUCCCGAGCAGUGGGUAGCUCCAGAGAUCAAGAGCUACGUGCCAGGGGAGAAUCUUCUCGAAUGGCUGAUGGACGAGAAAGGACGCGAUCAAUUUGUGAUACGAUUUGGCACGGAGACAGAGGUGUGCUGGAACGAUGCCCGUCUGUUGAAGGCCGAGACGGCAUAUCAUCGAUCGUUCUGGACGGAAAGCUUUGUUCAAUGGUCUCCCCUUGGAACGUAUCUCGCAACAAUUCAUCGGCAAGGUGCUGUCAUAUGGGGUGGAUGCACUAACUUUAGCCGGAUCACUCGAUUCAUUCACCAACAGGUGCGGCUAAUUGACUUCUCCCCAUCCGAAAAGUUCCUCGUAACGUACAGCAGCCACGAACCAAGCAAUCCCCGCGAAACACAAAAAGUAGUGCUUAACGUUUUCGACGUACGAAGUGGUAAAUCGCACCGAGAAUUCAAGGGCAGCGCCGACGAGUUUGCUACUGGUGGGACUGGAGGUGUUGCCGGAGUGUCUUGGCCAGUGUUCAGGUGGUCUGGCGGCCGUGAUGACAAGUAUUUUGCGCGUAUAGGAAAGCACUGUAUAAGUGUUUACGAGACAGAGACCAUGGGUUUACUGGACAAGAAGUCGCUGAAAGUUGACAAUGUUAUAGAUUUUAGCUGGUCACCAACCGAUUCAAUUCUGGCCCUUUUUGUUCCAGAAGGCAACGGUGGCAAUCAACCUGCGAGGGUCAGCCUGGUUCAAAUUCCUGGCAGGGAAGAACUGAGGCAGAAGAACCUUUUCAGUGUCAGUGACUGCAAGAUGUACUGGCAAAGCAACGGAGACUAUCUAGCAGUCAAAGUUGACCGGUAUACAAAGACGAAGAAGAGCACGUAUACCGGUUUUGAGCUCUUCCGGAUCAAAGAACGAGACAUUCCUAUCGAGGUCUUGGAGCUUGAGAACAAAAACGACAAGAUUAUCGCCUUCGCAUGGGAACCAAAGGGCCACAGAUUCGCCAUCAUUCAUGGAGAUGGUCCUCGUCCCGACGUAACGUUCUACUCGAUGAAAAGCCCAAACAACGUGGACCGUGUAACCAAGCUUGCCACGCUCAAAGGAAAGCAGGCAAAUGCUCUCUACUGGUCGCCUGCGGGGCGCUUCAUUGUGCUGGCGGGUCUCAAGGCGUAUAACGGGCAGCUCGAGUUCUACAAUGUUGAUGAUCUCGAAACUAUGGCAACGGCAGAGCAUUUCAUGGCAACUGAUGUGGAUUGGGAUCCCGCUGGAAGAUAUGUGGCUACUUCUGUUACUUCCGUGCACCAAAUGGAGAACGGCUUCAUUAUCUGGUCUUUCCAUGGGAAGCUGAUAUACAAGGUUUCAAGGGACAGAUUCUUCCAGUUCUUGUGGCGCCCCAGGCCUCCAUCUCUCCUUAGUAGCGAAGAGGAAGCCGAGAUUUUUAGGAACUUGAAACAGUAUUCCAAGAGGUAUGACCAAGAGGACAUAGAAUCGUCGAGGUUCCACAGCACCCAGGAGUUGGAGCAGAGGAGGAAGCUGAUUGAGGAGUGGAACGGGUGGCUGUCUUCGUGGAAGCAAAUGCACGAGGCGGACAAGCCUUACCGGCAGGAGCUUCGUGAUGGCGAGCCCAGCGACGACGAGCAGGAGUACGAAGACGAAGAGGUUGAGAUUGAGGAGGUGAUUGAUGUGGAAGAGAUCAAGGAAGAGGACCUUGAGGCGUAACGUAUCGUUGUUGAGUGAGGAAUAUACCUAUAUCUAGGUAUUUAAUUUCUUGCUUUACAAGUG